AUGGCAUCCUUCAAAGUUGCAGUCUACUUGUACCCGCAAGCUGACCUCCUCGAUUUCAGCGGGCCUACAGAGAUCUACUCCUACACUCGCCGCGAUGGCGGACCCAGCCCAUUUGAAAUCACUUCCUUUGCGCACCACAACCCAGUCUCUUCGACCAGCUCAGCCUUGACGUACAUUCCGAAUGCAACUUUCCAGGAGAUUGAACGCAAGAUCGAGGACUUCGACAUACUUGUCAUCCCCGGUGCAGGUUUCGAUACUAUCGAGGAGAUGAUCAAAAAAGACGAGGCUAAAGAGCUGUUCGCACUGCUUAGGAAGUUCGUCGCAAGCAAGCCCAGGGAAGCAUCGGGAAAGCGCAUCUUGCAGUCUGUCUGCACUGGCUCGCUUUUGCUCGCUGCGUCUGGUGUACUUGCUGGACGGGAUGCGACGACACACCACUUGGGCUUUGAUGCGCUCCAGAAGAUUGCUGAUGAUGCGGCCGGUGGCUCUUCCAAGAUCAACGUGAAGAAGACGCGCUGGGUCGAUGGUGGCAAGAACGAAGCGGGUGUACGAAUCAUCAAUGCUGGAGGUGUGAGCUCUGGUAUUGAUACGAGCUUGUUCAUCGUGGAAGAGCUGGCUGGGAAAGAGCAGGCGGAUUGGGCGGCGGAGCUCUCGGAAUUUGAGCGGCGAUCAAAGGGUUGGAGCGAGUAG